GGCAAGGUCCUGACAAAUAGUCCUUUCUGGACAGUCACGUCAGACUAAGACUGCUCACAUCCUCAUAGUUAAAAUGGAGGACUCACAAACUGCAGGUACAUUUGAUGGUUCUUAUAAAAAACUGAUCCAUCAAGAGGACAUCAGUGGAGAUGAGCUCACUCUCUACUCAAACCAAGAGCAAGAACAAGUGUCCAUGUCAAUGGGGAGACCUGAAUCUAGUUUGAAUCAUUACAAACGACUGACAGUAAGCCUUGCAGUGCUUGCUGUCAUUCUACUAGCAGUGGACAUCGGCCUGGGAGUCUAUUAUGGUAAAUUUACUUAUGGACAGGGUACCAUAAUGGACAUCAGCGCUGAGGUGGCCAAACUGCAGGCUGCUUACGACGCUGUGAUCUGGAACAGGAACGAAGUUUUGAAGCAACUAGCCUUAGAGAUGAAGGAGCAGCAACUCACCAAGUGGGAGAUUGAACACCAUAAAAGCAAAAGCAUCAACUACAAUAAGCUGAGUGACCAAAUGCAAAUGGAAAUAUCAGCUUUGAAAUCCCACAUCCCACUGAUUAAAGAGGGCUGCAGACACUGCCUACCAGGAUGGACCUUCAUGAACUCAGUGUGUUACUUCUUUCCUUUCUCUGAUGCUUUUUCACGUAAGACAUGGCAGGAAGCCAGACAGUUCUGUACAAACCAAGGAGGUGACUUGGCAGUGAUAGACAGCAGAGAGAAACACAUGGCAAUAACUGAAUUGAUAAUACAUUAUCAAAACCCCUCUCUAUACAUAAGCCAAAGUGGCUUCUGGAUCGGAUUGAGAGAUAUCGAGGAAGAAGGGAUAUGGAAAUGGCUGGAUGGAACAAGACUGACUGAAGGUUACUGGAAUGAUGGAGAGCCCAACGACCAGGCUAAUGAGGACUGCGCAGCAACAUAUCCCAGAAAAAACCCCUUUAAAUCCUGGAAUGACGCUCCAUGCAAUCAUAUACUGAAAUGGAUUUGCCAAAUGGCUCCAAAGUCUGCAGGUUAAUGUGAUUUUAAUACAAUCAUAUUCAAUCAGGGAUAUACACCAUUCAAGAGACUUUAACACAUCUUCCAAAUCUUUUUAUUGUGUUUAUUUUUUGCUGAAACUACCAAUUGGCAAGGUAAAGGGUAAACGUAAUAAAAUACAUCUGAUUUAUGCAGUGAACUAUUAAUGUAAGAUCACCAUUUACUAGUAAUAAAAUACAUCUGAUUUAUGCAGUGAACUAUUAAUGUAAGAUCACCAUUUACUAGUAAUAAAAUACAUAAAUGACCUUUUCUAUGUACACAUGACUUAAUACUAUACAGGUUUGUACAUCAAGUUAGUCAGCAAAACUACCACCUUUACAAAAAUUGUACAUUUUUACAAGUCAUAUGUUGCAUGACAACGCAGCAUUGAGAUCGUCACUUAUCAAGGUAAGGGAUUGUUGAUUGAUUGAUGUUUUUUAAUUGUGUUGCAUGGAAGUUCUCAUCAAAAUUUAGUGUAUUUUCCACAAACACUGGUCGACAAGCCCUUACUUUGGAAAAACACAGCAGUACCAGCAUGGGACACAAUGUAUUGUUGAUGAUGUGGCUGGCAGCAAAACAUAUAUUAGCCUCUUAAAAAAGGGGCAAAACAAAUCAAUAUCAGUUUGAUACAUCAUACAUUCAGAAUCUUUCCACUGUUUAACCUUGCCAUCAGUUAAUUCAAUGACACAAACAAGCUAACCAAUCAAGGCAAGAUUACUAUUUUUGUUGAAUGAAGAUGAUGUACCAAAUAAACUGAGAGUUUAGUCAAUACAAAGCAUUUGAUAAAUAAACACUGACCAAAACUAA